AUGUCCCUCAAUAAUCGCAGAGUCCCCUGGUUGGUCUUCAACACAAACCUUUACUUCAUUCCAUCUUUAUGGUUGAUCCCUAGUUUCCAAACUGAACUAAGCAAGCUAUUCCCACAGAAAGAAACAGUCUUUCACCAUCUGGCUCGCUAUCUAAUUCACCCCACAAACCAGGUUUGGGGCAUGAUCACAAGAUCCUACAAUGCUUAUUUAUCAAGAGCAGACGAGAGACUCGGGAUUCAAGUACGAGUGUUUAGCAUGCCGGAUGGAUAUUUCCAGCACGUCAUGAGCCAAAUCCUAGCUUGUACACAACGAGAGAAACUGUUACCUCAAGUGUUUGCUUCAGAACCACAAUUCGUCACUAUUACAUCAAGAAGCCCAAAACUCAAAGCAGUUCUUGUCACAUCUCUUUACCCAGAGUACUCGGAGAAACUAAGGAGUAUGUACUGGGAAGGUCCCAGUUCAACAGGAGACAUAAUACAAGUUUACCAACCAAGCCAAGAAAUGUAUCAGCAAACAGACAAGAAGCUUCACGACCAAAAGGCACUCGCUGAGAUAUAUCUUCUAAGUUUAACGGACCACAUUGUCACGAGCGACUCAUCUACGUUCGGAUACGUUGCUCAAGGUCUUGGAGGAUUAAGGCCAUGGAUACUCUACAAGCCAAAGAACCACACAGCUCCUGAUCCACCAUGUGUUCGAGCCGUGUCAAUGGAGCCAUGUUUCCUUAGAGCUCCACUCUAUGGUUGCCAAGCUAAGAAAGUGAAGACCACCCCUUUUGUUAAGUAUUGCGAGGAUCGGAUCACAGGCCUUAAGCUAGUUGAUCCCGCAGAUCACAGGCUUCUCUGACGGACAGACCUUCACGGAAUAUUUUGAAUUCGAUUCUUUUCAGAUGCCUUAAAAAACUUAGCAUCCUCACCAAAGUUCUUAUUAAAUUAUUAAUUUUGGUUUCAUGGUAGCUAAUUUUAUAUAAUUUGAACCUUUGCUGUAUU